AUGUUCAAGUACGCCCACAACGCGAGACAUACUGUUUUCUGGUAUCACGAUGGCUCCGUCGUGCUUGUCUUGGAGGACAUGCUCUUCAAGUUGCACGCAUCACGCCUAGAACGAGAAUCAAAGUACUUCGCAGAUUUGUUUCGCGGUGAUCCGCCGCAGGAGACGAUGGAAGGCUGCCCAGUCUACAUUGUCCACGGUGUGUCUGCGGCCGAUUUCACAGUUCUCGUAGAGACGAUGGAAGGGGCCAUAACGUACGCACGGAGCCCCCCACCAUUCCCUGUCGCCGCUGCACUCCUCCGUGCCUCACGUGCGCUCUCCUUCCACAAAUUCACAGAGUUUGCGGUCCAGGUUCUGCACGAAAUGUGGUCGCCCGAUCUGAUGCUCGUGACUUCCGAACGCAAGCCGUAUGCUGCUGACACUAUCGAUCUCGCGGUGAUGUGCGACGUCCCAGAGGUAUUCAAGCGUGCGUACUAUGAGCUUCUCCGCACGCCACGAUUUAGACAGUCGGUCGACGGUGACGACGGCAACAUGCGCGAUGAUCCAAGCGCGCCGUCUACCCUCGGGGUGCUCGACUAUGAGCGCCUCGUCGCUGCGCGCUCGAAGCUGCAGGAUGCGUGGCUGCAGAUCGCGUUGGUCCCCUUUGGUUCCGACUGUCCCCCGCGCGCGUUGCCUCUUGGAUCCGAACCUGCAGAUGUACGACCUUACCAGAGCGGUGAAAGUGCGCAGCUGUGGCACAAGAUGGUGGUUCAGAAGCCUGUGUUCAAGGAGGGAAUGCUGGACCCGCUGGGUGCGCUUCAAACACUGAUUGACAUCGACUGGUGCGAGCUCUGUUACUGCAAGAGCUGUGUUGGACGCCAGCGGAAGACAUGGACCGAGGCGAGGGAGCGGAUCUGGAGGGAUUUGGAUGCGUGGCUGGGCUUGGGGUGA